AUGUAUUGUCCUGUGUUAUUUCAGGGAAAAGAUAUAACGAGUGCAUAUAUCCCUGAUGCUACGUGGUAUGAUUAUGAAACUGGUGAAAAACGAACCUGGAGAAAACAACGUGUUGAUAUGUAUCUACCAAAAGAUAAAAUAGGAUUACAUCUUAGAGGCGGUUAUAUUAUACCCAUUCAACAACCUGCUGUCACUACAACAGCAAGUCGAAAGAAUCCUUUAGGACUUAUCGUUGCAUUGGAUAAUAACACAGCAAAAGGAGACUUUUUCUGGGAUGAUGGAGAAUCUAAAGAUUCCAUAGAAAAAGGCAACUAUAUAUUUUACACAUUUUCAGUUUUAAAUAACAAAUUAGACAUCGUAUGUACACAUUCAUCAUACCAAGAAGGAACAACUUUAGCAUUUGAGACUAUAAAAAUACUUGGUUUGACAAACACUGUUACACAAGUUCAAGUGGCAGAAAAUAACCAACAAACAAAUAUUCAUAGCAGUUUUACUUAUCAUGCUUCCAAUCAGAGUCUCAUAAUUGAUAAUCUCAAGUUUAACCUUGGAAAAAAUUUCACAGUUCAAUGGAAUCAAGUGUUUUUAGACUCUGAAAAAUUUGAUUGUUAUCCAGAUAAUAACCCUGAAAAUAAACAAAAUUGUGAAGAACGUGGCUGUUUAUGGGAACCGAAUUCUGCAGCAGAAGGACCUAGGUGUUACUUUCCUAAACAAUACAACUCUUACUUAAUCAAUUCAACUAAAUAUUCAUCAAUGGGUAUAACAGUUGACCUCCAGUUGAAUACAGCAACUGCAAGAAUAAAGAUGCCUUCUAAUCCUAUCUCAGUUCUUCGUUUGGAGGUGAAAUAUCAUAAAAAUGAUAUGCUGCAGUUUAAGAUUUAUGAUCCCAAAAAUAAGAGAUAUGAAGUUCCAAUACCGAUGGAUAUUCCAACUACUCCUACAAGUACAUAUGAAAAUAGACUUUAUGAUGUUAACAUCAAGGAAAAUCCUUUUGGCAUCCAGAUUCGACGGAGAAGUACAGGAAGAGUAAUUUGGGACUCAUGUCUACCUGGGUUUACUUUUAAUGAUCAGUUCAUUCAAAUAUCUACUCGUCUGCCAUCAGAAUAUGUAUAUGGCUUUGGUGAAGUGGAACACACACAGUUUAAGCGGGAUCUAAACUGGCAUACUUGGGGAAUGUUCACCAGGGACCAACCCCCUGGUUAUAAACUUAAUUCUUAUGGAUUCCAGCCUUAUCAUAUGGCUCUAGAAGAUGAGGAAAAUGCACAUGCAGUUCUUCUACUUAAUAGCAAUGCAAUGGAUGUUACAUUUCAACCAACUCCUGCUCUUACUUACCGCACAAUUGGAGGAAUCUUGGACUUUUAUAUGUUUUUAGGUCCAACUCCAGAAGUUGCAACCAAACAAUACCAUGAAGUAAUUGGCCGGCCAGUCAUGCCACCUUACUGGGCUUUGGGAUUUCAGUUAUGUCGUUAUGGGUAUAAAAACACUUCAGAGAUUAAACAAUUAUAUGAGGAGAUGGUAUCUGCUCAGAUCCCUUAUGAUGUGCAAUAUACAGACAUUGAUUAUAUGGAAAGGCAAUUAGACUUUACAAUUGGUAAAGAAUUCCAAGACCUUCCUGAAUUUGUUGAUAAAAUAAGAAGUGAAGGAAUGAAAUAUAUUAUUAUUCUGGUCUGGCCAGAUUUACCCAAUAUAACCAUAGAUGACAGCCUAACUGACGAUGAAGCAGUCAAUGUUUCCAGAGCUCAUGUAGCUUUUCCCGAUUUCUUAAAGAAUUCUACAGCAGAGUGGUGGGCAACAGAAAUUGAAAACUUUUAUAAUACAAAUAUGAAGUUUGAUGGCUUGUGGAUUAAAUUUGAGAGGUUCUUCAGUGAAAAAGCAACCUGGGAUAUAUAUAAGCAGUUCUUGUGGGGUCCAGCAUUUAUGGUUACCCCUGUACUGGAACCUAAUUCAGACUCUGUCUAUGGUUAUAUCCCUGAUGCUCGGUGGUUUGAUUAUCAUACGGGCCAAGAUAUUGGUUAUAGGAAAAUGUUUCAUACUUUUGAUGCUCCUUUAUAUAAAAUAAAUCUACAUGUUCGUGGAGGUCACAUCUUGCCAUGUCAAGAGCCUGCUCAAAACACACAUUUUAGCCGACAAAAUUACAUGAAACUUAUUGUUGCUGCUGAUGACAAUCAGACAGCACAAGGAUAUCUAUUUUGGGAUGAUGGAGAGAGUAUAGAUACCUAUGAAAAUGAUCAAUAUCUCUUGGUGCAAUUUAAUUUGAACAAGACUACCUUGACAAGCACUAUAUUGAAAAAUGGCUACAUAAAAACAGGAGAAUUGAGACUUGGAUUCAUCAAUGUAUGGGGAAAAGGAAAUACAAUUGUUCAAGAGGUUAAUAUCACAUAUAAAGGCAAUAAAGAAUCAGCUAAAUUUUCUCAAGAAGAAAAUAAGCAGAUCUUAAAUAUUGAUUUGGUUACUAAUAACAUUGCUCUGGAUGAACCAAUAGAAAUCAGCUGGAUCUGA